UGAAGAGUUUAGUGAAGGAACAAACUUUAGUAAGCUGAGAUCUGGUGCCUCAGACCAGAAUAAUUCUUUGUUAUUCAGAUGAGCAAAAACUGCAUGAAUCAAUAUUAAAGCAUUUGACCUACUCUGAAGACACAAUAUGAUCCUCAUUUCAGAUGAAAAACGACAUUUUACUUUUUACUUGUCUCUUGGUCUGUUGAGUCUGCUGCAGCUUACAGAAUGUGAGAAAUUUAGGCUGGUCGGACCUUCACGUUGUUCUGGCAGAGUGGAGGUCUUCUUCCAAGACACCUGGGGAACUGUCUGCGAUGAUCAGUGGAGCAUUGCAAAUGCAGAUGUGUUGUGUCGAGAGUUGAACUGUGGGACAGCUAUGGAGGCCAAGAAAGGUGCCUUCUUUGGACAGGGAAAGGAUGAGAUCUGGUUGGAUGAUGUACAGUGUACCGGGCAGGAGUCUUCCAUCCUUAAGUGUCAACACAGACCAUUUGGGCAAAAUAACUGUGGCCAUAGUGAAGAUGCAGGAGUGAUCUGUUCAGAACAUGUGCGGUUCAUCAAUGGAACCGCUCGUUGCAAUGGCAGAGUGGAAGUCUACCAUGAUGGUAACUGGAAAAGAGUUUGCAGUGACUGGGGCAAAGAAGCAGCUCAGGUGGUGUGCCGAGAGGCUGGCUGUGGCGAUCCUGUCGCUCAGACUGAAACACUGUAUUUUGGAGAAGCACGCGACCUGUCUGGAGUCAAACCCACCUGUUCUGGAAAUGAGACCUCUGUUUCACAGUGCUCACUUCUAAAAGUCAAUGGAAGUUGUGAUGAUGCUACUGUUGUCUGUGGAAGCAGUCAACCCAUUCGGCUGGUGAACGGGACUAAUCGUUGCUCUGGUAGAGUGGAAAUCUACUAUAAUGCACAAUGGGGAACAGUAUGUGAUGACAGAUGGGGGAUGCAAGAAGCAAUUGUCGCAUGCCGAGAGAUGAACUGUGGGAAUGCUCUUGCAGUUAAGUACAAGGCUUACUUUGGGAGAGGUCAGGAUCAGGUUUGGUUGGAUGAUAUCGAGUGCACUGGUCAUGAAAAGUCCCUUGCUCAAUGCCCUCACAGAGGUUUUGGAGAACAUGACUGUGACCACAAUGAAGAUGCUGGUCUUGUGUGCUCAGAGACAGUCAGAUUGAUCAAUGGCACUGACGGCUGUUCUGGCAGAGUGGAGGUUUUCCACAAUGGCCGAUGGGGGAAAGUUUGCAAGAGUAACUGGGGCCUUAAAGAGGCUACAGUUGUGUGUAAGGAGCUCAACUGUGGAGCUCCCCAAAAAAGCCAAGACACCUAUUUUGGAGAGAGCUCACUGCGAGGCUUUACAAGUAGAUGCUCUGGUAACGUGAGCUCUAUCAGCCAAUGUCAACUUCAAGAACCCACAGGAUCAUGUGAAGGCGUUUCUCUUGCAUGUGCAGGUCAGCCACCCCUAAGGCUUGUGAAUGGCACUGACCGAUGCUCUGGCCGAGUGGAGAUUCUACAUGACGGCCAGUGGGGAACAGUGUGUGAUGAUGAGUGGGACUUCAGAGAUGCUCAGGUGGUGUGCAGAGCCAUGGACUGUGGAACACCUCAGACGGCCAAAUCUGGUGCCUUCUUUGGCGAAGGCCAAGGAGUGAUCUGGCUGGAUGAUAUGAACUGUUUGGGUAAUGAGACGUCCCUCGUACACUGCAGACGACCCUCCUUUGGAGAAAAUAACUGCGGUCAUGGUGAAGAUGCAGGCGUGAUUUGUUCAGCUACCAUUCGACUGAUCAAUGGGACUGACAUGUGCUCAGGAAGAGUGGAGGUCCACCGUGGUCAACACUGGUCACCGGCAUUUAGUGUUAACUGGGGAAGGAAUGAAGCAACAGUGGUGUGCAGAGAGAUGAAUUGUGGAGAUCCUGUCAAGACCUCAGGAUCAUUUGGUCAAGAUGGAGUUCUGAGAGGGUAUGAGAUCCGCUGUAAUGGUAGAGAGACCUCUCUCUCACAGUGCACAUUUAGAGACUACACCAGAUCUAUCACCAAUCGUAUUGAAGAAGCCUCUGUGGUAUGCUCAGGUAAUGUGAAAUUAACUGGUGGAUCCACUCGUUGUGAUGGAAGAGUAGAGUAUUUCGAUAAAGGCCAGUGGGGGACUGUGUGUGCUGAAUCCUGGGACAUAAAUGAUGCAACAGUGGUGUGCAGACAGUUGGACUGUGGGAGGCCUCAUAAGCUUAUUCAGCCUGGCCCUGGUAGAGGACAGACCUGGACUGAUCAAAUUGAAUGCAAUGGAAUGGAGUUUACACUGACUCAGUGUCCACAAAGACCAUUUCCAGACAGAACUUGCAACAACACUGUAGUUGCUGGUGUUUUCUGCACAGGAAGCUUGGCAGUCCGGUUGGUUAACAGUAGUGAUGAGUGCUCUGGAAGAGUGGAGGUCCGUCAUGGAGACCGGUGGCAGACAGUAUGUGACACAGACUGGACUCUAAGUAAAGCUGAAGUGGUGUGUGACUUGCUGGAGUGUGGACGUGCCGUCAAUGCUCAUGGUGGGGCUUUUUUUGGCCGAGGCAGUGGACCAAUAGUGGAAGCUAGCAAGUCAUGUUUUGACAACGUGACUUCUGUUCAGCAAUGCUCAGUCAACGGUUUUACAAGAGCAACCUGCGAGCAUGAACAUGAUGCUGGUGUUCUCUGUGCAGCACAAAUCCGGUUGGUGGAUGGAUCAGGUGAAUGCUCCGGCAGAGUAGAAGUCUUCUAUAAAGGACAGUGGGGAACUGUGUGUGAUGAUGACUGGGAAAUGAGUGAUGCUGAUGUGGUAUGUAGACAGCUUGGUUGUGGUCAUGCCAUUUCAGCACCUACAAGUGCCCAUUUUGGUAGAGGUUCUGGUCCAAUAUGGCUGGAUAAUGUGGAGUGCUCAGGCCAAGAGGCUGUGCUUUCACGUUGUACACAUCCCGGUUUUGGAGAAAAUAACUGUGGGCAUGGUGAAGAUGCUGGUGUUAUCUGUUUAGGUGCUCUACAGAAGCCUCAAAUCAUGAUAAUCCCUGGGGUGGAGGUAAAUUGGGGAGACAAAGUUGAAAUAACCUGCACUAUAGUAACAGAACACACAGGUGGGACAUUUGUCCUAAAAAAGACCCAAGGGUCAUUUCAAAUGGAGAAAUUCUCAGAUCACGAAUCUGCAACCUUCAUCUUCCCAAAAGUGGACUUUAGCCAAAAGGGGUCAUACUACUGUGAAUAUCAAAAGAAACUGGCCAAUCAAGUCAUCUACUAUCCUCAAGGAAAUGCUGCUGACCUCUCUGUUGUAGUUAAACUGGAAAAGCCCAGCAUCUCUCUGAUGUCCCCCCACGCAAUGGUGAUAUACAGUCCUGACACAAUAUCAGUCAAACGAGGCAGCACCUUCUCCGUCACUUGCUCUGUUCACUCUAUAUAUCCCGGAGGUGUCUUCUAUUUGACACAUUCAAACACGAACACUAGUGAAGUAAAGUCUGCGUUUGGCCACUCAAUCUUCUACCUAGCCAAUUUUGAACUCCCUACAAUAGAUUAUCAACACCAAGGAGAGUAUACCUGUCUCUAUGCUGUAAACAUCUCAGCACAACCCUUCUUUUCUGUUCCUUCAAAGACCCUCUAUGUCACUGUAACAUCAACCUCUUCUGCUUCCAUAGUUGGUGGUGUUGUGGGUAUGCUAGUAGUCUUGAUACUCCUCCUGGGUGUUGGUUUCCUGGUGUGGAGAAGGAGAUGGGGUGUUUCAGAUGUCAUCGUUCAGUUUAGUAACAGAUUUGGAGCAGCAAUAAAGCAAGAAAUGGAGGACAAACCCACUGUAGCCCUUGAUGAAAGAGAGCGGAAUAACCAAGUGUAUGAGCCUUACUGUCCCAGCCCAGAACAGAAGAAAGCUGAUGUAGAUCCUGAUGGCAAUGUUGAGAGAGCUCCUGAAGACUUGGCCGGCAGAGUGUGUUAUGAGCUUGAACCUCUUGUUGUUUCAUGACGUGUAUCAAGAAGUAACCUCAGUAAUGUGGUUUUAAUACAUUUAAAGAGUAGUAAUACAGCAGGCUGAAAAGCAGAACUUUAUAGAUCUCUUUGCUUGAAAGUUUCAUUUCUUUUUUUUUCUUUUUUUUCUUUUUACAUGUAAACCACAUCCAUAGUGAUGUUGCAGUUACAUACUCUGAACCACAGUUUACAACAUGACAGCAAAGUGACAACUUAAACUAUACUGCUCAAAAAAUUAAAGGAACACUCAGAUUUCAAUGAGAAAAAAUAUAAUGCUAGAUAUCUAUACUGAUACUGGGUAAUGUGUUAGGAACAAAAUGGAUGCCACAAAUUAUCAACCUACAGAGGGGCUGAAUCAAAGAGACCCCAAAAAAUCAACAUGAAAAAAUGAUGCAGCAAUCUAGUCCACCUCAUCAAAACAUGCUUGUAUGUAUGCCUGACAGCAUCGGUGGGUGCUCCUAAUGAGAUGAUGGAUGAUGUCCUGGGGGAUUUCAUCCCAGAUCUGGACCAAAGCAUUGCUGAAUUCUUGGACAGUCUAAGGUGAAACCUGGUGGUGUCAGAUGGACUCAAACAUAAUGUUCCCGAGGUGUUCUAUUAGAUUUAGGACAGGUGAGCGUGGGGGCCAGUUAGUGGUCAAUUCCUUCAUCUUCUAGGAGCCUGCAUGCUCUUGCCACAUGAGGCCAGGCAUUGUUGUGCACCAGGAAGAAACCAGGACCCACUGCACAAGCGUGGGAUGUGACUGUGGGUCCAAAGAUUUCAUCCCAAUACCUAAUGUCAGUCAGGGUGCUAUUGCCUAGCCUGUAGAGGUCUGUGCAUCCCUCCAUGGAUAUGUUUCAUCAGACCAUCACUGACCCACCACCAGACCCUUUCAUGUCUGCAACAUGUGCUCAGGGUGAACCUGCUCUCAGUGGUGGACCUGCCAUUUCUGGUAUUCCAUGACAAAUGCCAAUCGUGCUCCACAGUGCCAGGCAGUGACUACAGGGCCCACUAGAGGAUGUCAGGCUCUCAAGCCACCCUCAUGAAGUCUGUUUCUGAUUGUUUGGUCAUAGACAUUCACACCAGUGACCUGCUGAAGGUCAUUUGUAGAACUUCUGAAGUGCCCAUCCUGUUCCUCCUUGCACAAAGGAGCUGAAACUGGUUCUGCUGAUGAGUUCUCCUAGAAUAAUUGCCUGUCUCCUAGGAAUCUCCUCCAUGGUUUUGAGACUUCCACCUGUAAAACAUUCCUGUUUUGGUGGUUGUCUCAUUGUUGCCUCUCUAGUGUACCUGUUCUUAAUUUUAUUAAUGUCAAAACAGCUGAAGAUGAUUAACAAUCCCCUCUGCUAUUUAACUGAAAAGCUCAAUAUCCUAGAAGUCUAAGUGACUUGGUGCUUUACUCUGAUGUACUCUGUGUUCCUCAAUUUUUUUGAGCAGUGUGUUUCUGAUCAGCAAAAUAGACAUUUUCAGCCUGUGUAAAGUUGCUUGUUAGGAGUGUUCAGGGAUAGCUUUUUUUUUUCUUCUUUUGUUUCAACAAGUAAUUUGGAAAAAUUCAGACUUUGUUUCUUUAAACAUAAGCUGUGUUAUUUCCUUUAAGAGAAAUUUAAAUUGACCUUUUGAAUGAUAUGUAUGCAUAUGAUGCCAGAGAAUUCCUCUUUCCUGCAAAAGUAAUUUUCAAGUGUUUUCAUUAUCUAAUUUUUGUCUUCACUGGGUGAUUCACAUACUGAAGCUUAAAGGACCUUUAUUAGGAAGAUGAUGAUCACGAAUAUCUUGUUUGAAGUUAACACUGAACAUAAUUCAUGAUGAAAUUUUUUUUUUUUGGUAUGACUGAUCAAUAAAUAUGUACUUCAUAUA